UCGUUAAAAAUAUUCAAGAUGGCGAACGCCGGAAGUGGAAGUGGUCCACCUCCAAUGAUGAGACCCCCUGCUCCGUUCCCGAUGGGCGGAGGACCGGGAUACAUGCCCGAUGGUCAGGUCCCACCCAUGAUGCCACCAACUGCACCUCCAGGCUUUGGUGGAGUUCCCCCAGGCUACCCUCCGAUGAUGGGCCCCCCUCCCAUGGGGGGAAUGCCCCCGGGGGCACCUGGAGUGUACCCUACCCCAGUGAAUCCAGUGUUAGCUGCUACAGCACAAACCAACUCGGCCUCUAACAGCCCAGCAUAUGUGGAUCCUAAACCCCCUGAAAAGAAAUCUCAUUGGACUGAGCAUAAGGCACCGGAUGGACGCACUUACUACUAUAACAACAUGACGAAACAGUCAAGCUGGGAAAAACCCAAGGACCUACAAACUGAUACUGAGAUGUUGUUGUCUCGCUGUCCAUGGAAGGAGUAUAAAUCAGACACGGGGAAAGUUUACUAUUACAACUCUGUCACCAAAGAGUCUCGCUGGACGAAGCCUAAAGAGCUAGAAGAAUUGGAAGCCAACAUUGCAAAGCAGAAAGAGCAAGAAAAGGGCAGCGGAGACGCAACGACAGAGAAACCUGUACCCACUGAGCCUGCAAAACCUUCCAAGCCUCUGUCCAACAUUGAGCAAGCCAUGCAGGCAACAUUGGCUAGCAUCGAACUUCCGCCUGCUCCCAAAACAAUAACACAGAACAAACAAGUCGAGAAGCCAGUGUCUGAAAGCAGCGAUUCAGAGGAGGAGAAAACACCGCCUAAAAAACAGAUGCCAUUAAAAUUCAAAAACAAGAAAGAAGCAAUGGAUGCCUUUAAGGCAUUGCUUAAGGAGAAGAAAGUUCCAUCAAAUGCCACAUGGGAGAGUGCGAUGAAGUUGAUUGUGAACGACCCUCGCUACGGGGCGCUUAAACACCUGAACGAGCGCAAACAAGCCUUCAACGAAUAUAAGACGCAAAGAGUAAAGGAAGAAAGGGAAGAGGCGAGACUGAGAGCCAAGCAGGCCAAGGAAGAUCUGGAGAAGUUCCUGUUACGGCACGACAAAAUGUCCUCCACCGUCAAAUAUUGGAAAGCAGACAGUAUGUUUACCGACUAUGAAGAAUGGCAGUCUGUGAAUGAUCGGGACAGACGGGAACUCUUUGAUGACGUCAUUCACAUGCUGGAGAAAAGGGAAAAGGAGGACGCGAAGAACCUGCGCAAGAGGAAUAUCAAGGUUUUUAACGAGAUUCUUGACAGUAUGGAAAGCCUUACCUACAGUACCACGUGGUCCGAGGCCCAGCAAAUGCUGCUGGAUAACCCACGCUUUACUGAGGACCCAGACUUACAGAAUAUGGACAAAGAGGAUGCCUUGGUUUGCUUUGAGGAGCACAUACGAAUGCUUGAGCAGGAAAACGAUGAUGAAAAAGAGCGGGAGAGGCGGCGCAUAAAACGGCAACAGCGUAAAAACCGGGAAGGCUUUCUUGUACUAUUAGAUGAACUCCACGAGCAGGGUCGACUUAACUCAAUGUCACUGUGGAUGGACCUGUUUCACAUUGUCAGUUCUGACAUUCGCUUUGCCCAAAUGCUGGGACAACCAGGCUCCACUCCAUUGGACCUGUUCAAGUUUUAUGUUGAAGAUUUAAAGGCAAGGUUUCAUGAUGAGAAAAAGAUCGUCAAAGAAAUACUGAAGGACAAAGGUUUCAUGAUCGAGGUGAACACCACAUUUGAAGAGUUUUCGAACAUGAUUUCAGAUGACACUCGGGCGAACACGCUCGAUACGGGCAAUAUUAAACUCACUUACAACAGUUUAAUAGAAAAAGCCGAGGCGCGGGAAAAAGAGCGACUGAAAGAGGAAGCUAGAAAACUGCGUAAACUUGAGACAGCGUUUAAAAACAUGCUGGGUGACGCCAACCCUGCGAUUGAGGAGAACGCGAAGUGGGAAGAGAUUCGACCGAGGUUUGAAACCGAGUCUGCGUUUGAAGCCAUUACACUAGAGUCCGAGCGACAGCGGCUGUACAAGGAGUUCCAGAUAGAGGUUCAAGAGGCUUGUGUUCACUUGCCGAAACAUUCACGCAAAAAGAAAUCAAAGAAACAUAAAAGUCGAAGGUCAAGGUCACGCUCAAGAUCGGCUGACUAUUCUGACGAUGAAGGAAGCUCACGCCACAAAACAAAGAAGAGGAAAAAGUCACGAUCUCGCUCACCUAGUUAUGUUACUUCAGAUGCUGAAAGAGAUGAUAAGUCUUCAAAGAAACACAAGAAAAAGUCCAAGAAGAAGAGACAUAAAGGAGGUGGCUACUCGUCCGGGAGUGAUAUAAGUGAAGGGGAACUGGAGAAACAGCGGCGAAUGUUGCUACAGCAACUAGAGGCUGACCACACAUGAUAACCAUUGCCAUGGCGAUAAUAUGAACUGCGAAAAUGUUCUGCAGUUGUCCUUUAUUGAUAUGGUAUUAAAAUAAUGUUAGCUAUAAAGGCAAAUGGCAUGGACAAUAUUAUGGGAAGAUUUGUUUGAGUCAGAUUCAAACUUUGAAAUAAAGUAUAUUAAAACAUUGUUUGCUUUUCAGCAUAUUUCUAGCAUUUCAUUGAUAUGGAAACAAAAGGUUUCCUUUGUCAUAAACAAUUCUUUUGUAUCGUGUAUAAGACAUGUGAAUAAAAUAAUUAACAUGA